AUGAUGGAGUCAACAAAUAUUUUUGACAAAAAGUUCCAAAAAUUAAUAGACGAAACUGUUAAAGUGAUUCAACUCGAAAAAAACGAUACAGAUUUUAAAAUCGAGAGACCGCACUUUCAUGCGGUCAAAGAAGAGACCGAAAAAUUAUCUUGUUCGUAUUGCAAAGUAAAAUUCGACGAUUUAAUUCAACAAAGGGAACAUUAUAAGUUGGAUUGGCACAGAUACAACCUAAAACAAUCGCUAGUUUCCAAACAACCAAUCAGCGAGGAGGAAUUUUUCGAAAAAAAUGAUAGAGAUGGUGUAUCGAGUAUAUCGGGGUCGGAUUCUGAAAAAGAAGACACUAUAGAUACUCUUGCGACUGCUCAAGGCAAAAUAUUUUUGCAGAAUGACUCAAAAACCGUAUUUUCACUGUAUAGGUGUCUAAUAUUAGAAAAAAAGGAAGAAAUUACAGAAAAAAACAUUCACUACCGUUUAAAAGAAACCUGCAUUAACAAUACCCAGUGGUGCAUUCUAAUGUUAGGUGGGGGCCAUUUUGCAGGGGCAAUUUUCCAAAAUAACGCGCCAAUUUUGCACAAAACUUUCCAUUGUUAUACCGUUAGAGCUGGACAGGGCGGUUCUCAAUCUUCUAGAGAUGGGCGCAGCAAUUCUCAACCUAAAAGCGCAGGGGCUUCCCUGAGGCGUUACAACGAGCAGGCCUUGAUUCAGCAUGUUAAAGGUAUUGUUGAAGUGUGGAGUGAAGAAAUAAAGAAAUGUAGCUUGAUUUCGUAUAGAGCUUCAGGUCCCUAUAAUAGAGCGGUUUUAUUUGGUGGAAAUGCCCCUCUAUUGGACAGAGCUGACCCUAGGUUGAGAACUAUACCAUUUUCUACACGUAGAGCGACUUAUACUGAAGUCCAAAGGGUCUACAAUGUCUUAACGUCCAUACAGAUAUAUGAGUCCUUGGAUGAAGCCCAGCUUCAUUUCGGCAAACAAAAAACCCCGGAAACUGAUCCUAAGAAAGCUAGAGCCAAGUCCGCUUGCAUCAAUAGAGCUAAAUCCAGGGAACGCGUGGAUAGACCUCUUCCAGUUGAAGAAUUAUCCGAUUCUUCCGAUUGUGAAGAUUUGAACGACUCAACAUACGAAAUUGUUGAGGAGACGGUGGACUUUAAAGAGCUGCUGGAGGGUUUGGAGGACACGCGUGUUUUUGCGAAGAAAAGCAAAAAGAAGAAACCGAAGAAAAGUAAAGCGAAAAAGUUGCGUGAGAAGACGGAGCUUUAUAAAAAGAAAAUUCUGGACGUUUUGUUUCAAGGAAACCUUGUUAUACUCAAAGAAAAACUUGAGGAGUACCUCCAUAAAGACCAAAACGAAGAUAAUGAAGAAAAACCUUCUCCAGAGCAACUUAAAAACGACUUUUUCAAUGAAAUUUUGGACGAUUCUGGUAACAGUCUUCUACAUGUCGCUGCUUUGAAUGAACAUGAAGAAAUUAUGGAAUAUUUGCUGCAAAAUGGCGCUGAUCCUUGCAGAAAAAAUAAAAAUCAACACACGGCUUAUACGUGUACACAAAGCAAGGAAAUCAGGGACGUACUAAGGAAAUUUGCUAGGGACAAUCCAGAAAAAUACAACUAUAAUAAAGCACAAAUACCCAUAAAUACAUUAACGGAGGACGAAAUUGCUGACAAAAAAAGAAAUCAACGAAAACUGAAGAGAGAAAAGGAGAAGGAAAAGAAGAAAGAGAAUGAAGUGAAGAAAAAAGAACAACACGAAAAAGAUCGUUUCUUACAACUAAGCGAUAGAGAAAAGAGGGCGCUGGCUGCCGAAAGAAGGAUUUUAAACCAAUCAGGAGUCGUGAUAAGCAGAUGUUUCCUAUGUGCUUCUGAUAUGUCGGGUAAAGUUCCGUUUGAGUACUUGGGUAACCGAUUUUGUAGCAUAGAUUGUCUUAAAGCCCAUAGGUUGCAAAGUCCUUUAGUUUUGUCGUAA